AUGGAUCGUACUCUAAACAAAAAGCCCAUUGCGGUUAUGGUACCGUUUCCUGCACAAGGCCACAUAAAUCCCAUGUUUCAGCUGGCGAAGAAGCUUGCAGUCGAUGAAGGAUUUGCUAUUAUGUUUGUUAACACUGACUAUCAACACCAACGCAUGGUUGCAGCUAAUAAUAACCAGAAGUCGGGCUUAGUGAGAGAGGCCAAAGAAAUCGGUAUUCGCUUACUGUCAAUCUCUGAUGGACUAGAUCCCCAUGAAAGCCGAAAUCAGUUUACGAAGAUGGUGUCUUCAAUGGAGAACACCUGUAGGCCUUUACUUCGUAAACUGAUUGAUGAGAUCCAGGAGGAGGAGAGAGUGGUCGUAACCUGCUUGAUUGUAGACUUACUUUUGGUCUAUUGGGUAUUAGAAGCAACCAAGCACUUGGAUGUAUCAAGAGGUGUCUUUUGGGCAGGGCUCACUGCAACAUACUCUACCUUCUAUCAUGCUCCAACUCUUAUCUCUUCCGGAAUAAUAACUUCCAAGGGUAUACCUAGAGAACAUCGUAUGGUCGAAUACGUCCCCUCAGCGCCCCCAAUCUAUUCUACACAGUUUACCUGGCUAAUUCCAGGAAGCGAAGAUCAGGAGUUCCUUUUUCUGACGAGUCUUAGAUGUAUUCGAAGUGCAAAAGGGCUAUUCCUUUUUACCAAUACUUUGUAUGAAUUGGAAAUUCCAAUUCACAAUUCCUUUGCAAAAGAAGACCAAGUAUAUUCCAUAGGUCCCUUAAUUCCUUCGCACUUUCUUGACGCCCAACCUGAAAGGACAAAGGGCGAAAUAAGCACAAGCUUCUGGACAGAGGAAAUGGAGUCCCUAUCGUGGCUGGACGAACAGCUUCCAAAGUCUGUGAUAUAUGUGGCAUUCGGAAGCAUAGCUAUUUUGAACCAAAAACAGCUGGAGGAAUUUGCUCUUGGGUUAGAGGCAACUCAGAGACCAUUUCUGUGGGUUUUACGCUGCGAUCUACUGAAUGGAGAGCCUGCAGUGCUGCCUUCAGGAUUCGUGGAACGCACCAAACAUCUUGGCUGCUUUGUAUCGUGGUCACCACAGCUGGCAGUCUUAUCCCAUCCUUCUGUCGCCUGCUUCGUCACGCAAUGCGGAUGGAAUUCAACUCUUGAGAGCAUCACCAUGGGUGUUCCAAUGAUCUGCUGGCCUUAUUUUGCCGACCAGUUUCUAGACAGCUCCUUUGUUGUAGAUGAGUGGAGAGUCGGGCUGGCUUUGAAUGUAAACAAUGAAGGGAUUAUAGAUAAGCGUGAGGUUCAGGAGACAGUCGAGAGGUUGUUAGAUAGUAAAGAAGGUGUUGAAAUAAGGGAAAAAAUGAGUAGGCUGAAGAAUAUGGCAAGGACUGCAGUGAAAGAAGGGGGGUCGUCCUAUAUCAAUUUCAGAAAGUUCGUAAACGCCAUGAAAAACAAUUGA